AUGCCACUUCUCAUUGCGCUGACAUGUUACCUCCUCUCCCAAUUUCGAUCCUCGACAGGGGCUGCCCUACCACUAUCUUCCAUUCCUCCAACACAGCUCUCCCCCCGAGAGGACCUCGCCGGAGAUAUCAAUCCCGCCAACGAGCGCCAUCUGAUCUCCAUCAUCUGGAACUGCCUCACCACCAUCUUCCUUUGUACAUGGGUCUCUGUGCACCAGAACGUCCCCCCGCUCGAAGACUCCCGUGCGACGAAGCUCGGGCGGCGGCUGCAAGCCAUGGUGUGGACCCUGAUUGUUCCAGAGCUGACCCUGGCUCUCGCCGCGAGGCAGCACUUCUCCGCCAGACGCGUCGCUAAGACGUUCCAUGACCAGGGUUGGACGAUGACGCACGGCUUCUUCCUUAUCAUGGGCGGCUUCCGACUGUAUCGGGGCGAUAUGGACCUCGGAGUCAUCUGCAGCGCUGACCAAAUUCAACAACUGCAUGAAAGAGACGAGAUAGACCUUCCUUAUGGCCCUGAAUUCCUCGAAGAGAUUGAAGAUAAGAGCAAGGCCGACGGGCUCACCAAGUUGAUCACCGUUGUCCAGACGUUUUGGUUCAUCCUCCAAUGCGCCACGCGGCUUCUGCAACACCUCGAAUUGACGAAACUGGAGAUCAUCACGCUCGCUCUUGCCAGUCUGAACGGACUGGUGUUUUUGCUCUGGUUGAAGAAACCGCUCAACGUUCAGCAUCACAUUAAGUUAUAUUUGAAGAUGCACGCCCCAACGCCGGCGCGGUCAAUUCGCACCACAGAGCGAACAGACACGAAGGAAUCGCUCGACCAGGAAUCGAAAGCAUCUUCGGAGGACAUAACGCUCAACAAGGCACUGGAAUCCAUUCAAGAGUCGAUCAUGUCCUAUGGAAAGGAGACGAAAGAGUUCCUUCUUGCAUUUACCAUUCCAGAACGCAAUGUCUUCGACGAUGCUAUCCGGUGGUAUUUCUGGUGUGAGCUCCACACCGUUUUCGAGCCCCUCACCUCCCAUCUGGGCAGUCGUGAGACCGGACCGUGGAUCAAUUCCGUGAGCGCUUAUUACGACGGAAUGGAAACACCCCCAACCAAGCGCGAGCUCACCGUCAUUUACGCCAUCCUUGCCAUUGUGAAUGGUCUCUUUGGCGCGUUGCAUUGCAUCGCGUGGCAUUCCACCUUCCCUACCGACAUAGAGCGCGACCUAUGGCGUGCGCUCUCUUUCGCCAUCACCGUCAUCCCUGUCGCCUUCCUUGUCUGCGCUUCCCUUAUCAUAGGAGCGACCAACGCUCUAUAUUGGCAAGGCAGCAACCUAUACCUCUACUUGAUGGUACAUUACUUCGGCGUUUGCGUUUACAAGCCCCAUUCUCCGUACAUGCUCGCUCGCCGAGCCAUCUCCCUUGUUGUGUCAGUGAACAGGUUGAGUUACCUGCGUGCUGCCGCAUUCUCAUUGAGCCCUCUGCCCCUGCUCGACGGCUACAACAGCUUACAGUUCCUGCAUAAGCCGCCUAUAAAGGGCAGGGUCACCAGACGUACCACCUGGGUGACGAAGAUAUCAUGA